GCGCGGCUUGUGUAGUGUGUGCUACAUCACAUGUCCUCUCUUUGUUAUUUUGUGGCUAAUUCAAGAGGGCUUUUAAAACAUAGUGUCGAAAAACCAUAAUUUUCAAUCUGCUAUUUGGGUGUUCUUCAGGAGUAGUGAAGCUGUAAGAAAAAUAAAGGUUCCAAUAAUCUAAAUUUCUUUAUGCACAGGGUUGUAUAAGCUUCAUAAUUCAGUCAAAACAACAGUGUUUACGUUCAUUGUGAUCAAGGCUCUGAACUUUUGUAUAACGUUUUUAUGACGUUCAGUGAUUUGGGUUUGAUUAAAGAGUUGUGUUCAGUAUGUCAGCGCAUGAAAUGGGAUUUUCCUACAAAAAUACAAUUGAAAUCAAUUCCUUUUGCUCUCGAAGGUCAGUAAUAUUACAAAAUACAUUAGUCUAUUGCAAGUUUUCGUUAUUACCACAUCUCACUUUUUACAGAUAAUAUUUCACGUGGCCGUUAGUUCAAGUAACAUGACACUCCGACAUUUGGUCAUGGAAUCAGAUUAUUUUGUAUGGUUUGCUGAUUAACUGCAGGGCAUGCCAAAGUUAUUGAGUAAAUGAAUUAUAUAAAGAUUUAGAAUGACUUAGUUGCAAAGCUUUCCCACUGUAGGGAAAAUUCCUUUUUCACACUUUGGUGCUGUAGAAAAUUUCUUAUUUAUUUACAGCCUUCAUGAUUAUUUGCGUGCACACUACCUGGUGUCAUUUUAUCACGUCUACUAGGUUAAAGCCGUUGAAUUGGGUUCAAAGCUCACUGUUUUGUGGAGGAAUUUUCGGAUAAGCUUUUGCGUAACAUUAGGAUUUACUUUACAAAGUAGCCUAGUAAGUUUCAGCACUAGAUGCCUUUAUUUUAUUGUUCACGUUGCGGGUAAAUUAUUCGUAUUGCAACCUCCACUUUUUGAACAACUUGAUAGUUUCACUAGCUCACACAGGAAAAUGUGACUCAUAGCUGAAUGUUCGGGACAUUUUUUCUUUCAGGCCCUCCUAUUUCUUAUACGCGUAAAUCAUCAACCAUGUCUAACAUAAAUACUGUCGUUUGUUUGGUAGACCGACCAAGAAACAUGUUGCGACAAGACUGAUUUGUAUCCUUUGUAUGCUCUUAAGUAUUUAACAAGGUGAGUGUUUACUAAGUUUCGUGAAAACGUUAUAAUAAGCUUAGCCACCAAUUUCUCAAUCGACCAAUGAAUUUCAAUUUAAUAUUUAUAGGAAAAGAUAUUGUUGGUAUUGCUGAAACGGGAUCUGGUAAAACAGGAGCUUUCCUUCUUCCCAUAAUUCAACAUUGGAUUAAAUCUGGUCAACCAGUUGGUUUUGCAUUAAUUUUGGCUCCUACUCGUGAACUGGCUCAACAGUUAGCCAAUGAGGCUGAACGUUUAGGACAAUACAAAACAGAUGAGUUAGAAUUUCAUUUAGAAGUAAUUCUUCUUGUUGGCGGUGAAGAUAUGGUAGAUCAAGCUUUAAAACUUGCAUGGAGAAAACAUCAUUUCAUUGUAGCAACUCCUGGACGUUUAAUUGAUCAUUUAAAACAAUCACAAAAUUUCGCUGCACAACAAUUAUCAAAUAUUCAUCAUUUAGUAUUAGAUGAAGCAGAUAGAAUGUUAAAUAUGGCAUUUGCUGAUGAUAUUGAUAAAAUAUUAAAUUUAUAUGAAAAACCAAAGAUGAAAGGAAAGAAACAUAAACGAAAAAGGAAACCAUUGUUAGUUCAGUUAGCCGAUGAUAAUAAUAAUGAUAUUACCAACAAUGACAUGAAAUCAAAUAACAAAAUGAUUAAGUCGAUUACAACAAAAUAUCCACAUCCACAAAUUUAUUUAUAUUCAGCUACAAUGACAAAAGAUGUGAACAAAUUACGUCGUGCUGCAUUAUCAUCAAAUGCUGUAUUUAUUAAUGAGAAUGAUGAUACCAUUCAUAAUAAUGAAGGUAAUCCAAAGAAUGAUGAUAAGAAUACCAUGGGAUGUAAUCUUAUACAACAACAACAAUCUAAUUCUACAUUAAAAUUAAACAAACAUUUAAAAACUGGUUUCCCUAUUGGUUUAUCACAUUAUUGUCUUCCUAUAAGAUUAGCUGAUCGUCCUACAAUUUUAAAUUGGAUUGUAGAAAAUGUGAUACAAACAAAUUUGUUGGAGAAAUUUGGUAUUACUAGUUCCACACCAAAUCAAAAACAUCAUAUUAUGAUAUUUUGUAAAAGAUGUCAUGAAACUAUAAUGGUUGCAGAAUUUCUUCGUGAAUCUGGUCAUUCUAGUGUAGCAUUAACUGGACGUAUGAAACAAAUUGAACGUAAAGAAUCAUUAAAUAAAUUUAUUUCAAGUGAAGUAGAAGUUUUAGUUGCAACUGAUGUUGCUAGUCGGGGGUUAGAUAUUCCGCAUGUUGAAUUUGUUAUCAAUUAUAAUGUACCAUUAUCGGAAAAAACGUAUCGACAUCGUGUUGGUAGAACUGCAAGAGCUGGUCAAACUGGUGUAGCAUUAACCCUAGUAACACGUGAUGUAGCUCAAAGUUUUCUAGAAUUAGAAGCUGCUUUACUACCUUAUCUUCCAUUAUCAACUGCCAAUAAUGGUAAUAAUUCACCGGGAAUACCUCGUUGGCCAAUUCCACUACCAGACUUACAUGGUCGGAAUGGAUUGUUAACUCGUCGUCGUCUAGCAGAUCAAGCUUGGUCAAGAGCUUCAAAGACUAUUCGAUCCCAACUUGAAAGUCAUCGUAAUGUAGACAAUAACCUAACUGAUCUAGAUCCAAUGAUAAAUGAAGAAUUAAUUGAGACCUAUGCAAAUUCUGAUGAAGAUGAAAAUAGUAGUAUGUCUAGUUCAUCAUCAUUAUCAAAUGAUGAGUCAAAAAUCAAUGAACUAUCGACAAUAUCAAAGAAACACUAUCCUCCUACUAUCCCAUUAGAUACAUCUGGUCAAGCUGGUAUUAAUGCUGCACGUAAAACAUGGAAAUCUUUAGCUAAAAUGCAACGACUUCAACAAAAAGCAAAAAUAGAAUUAGACGAACAACAACGUUUAACUAAAUCGAUUGGUUGGGGUGUUACUUCAACAAGAAACAUGUUGAAUAAUAAUGAUAUAAUAGAUCGUUUCAAUAAUGAAAUUGACAAUGAUGAUGAUGAUGAUGGUGAUGAACAAGAGAUGACACGUUUUGAACAACCAAUUAAAACGAAAUAUGCUAAGAUUCAAUUAUUGAAAAAAAUGGAUCGAUUAAAAUCGAGAUAAUAAGGAUAAAGAAACAGCUUCAGCGAUUAUUCCUGUACAUAACGUUUUGAGUACUUCUCUCAUACAAAUAAAAUAAUUAUAUGUUUCUGUCU